AGUAACUCGUGUUGUUCGGUGCAUUUGGGGACAAGCUGCACCCAAUGAAUGAGCUUCUCCUCUGACGGAGCUACCGAGCGCUGCCGGCCGACACGCCCCCAGCAUGGAUACAAGCAGCAGGAAGGACUGGCGCUCAGGAGACACUCACUAUGCUGGAGAGUGUGUGAAGCCGCGAUGGGAGUUAACACAUCCAACUUUGUACAGGUCCUGUCACCGGCGUUGUUGCACUAAACAAAUACUCUGGGGUUAUCUCUCUUUUGCUCCGAGUGGGCUUGUCUGCAUUUUGUCCGAGGCGUUUCUCUCGCAGGAUGUUGAUGAUAUUGGAAAGCCGGGUAAGAUCAUAAAGUCAGUUCUCUCUGAUGAGAACGACCUCCUCCUCCUCCUCCUCCUCUCCACCACCACACAAAGGGAACCACGGAACAAGUUGUUUUUCUCACGGAAUCAUUUUUUUAUUUUUUGAAUGUCAUUAAGAAGCAGAGGGGGCUGUUUCAAAGACAAAAUGGAUCACUUUGCAGCAGAGUGCCUUGUUUCAAUGUCCAGUCGUGCAAUUGUUCACGCUCCAAAAGGGAAUAGGGAGAUUAAACCAGAAACCCCGUCCUCCUCCAGGAACGGAGAGGAAAUUAAAGAACCUUUGGUGAAAGACAACUCCUCUCUUUUUGUGGUGGCACGGAUUCUGGCGGAUUUUAACCAACAGACUCCCAACAAUGUUGCCGAGCAGGCAAAAAUAAAGGAUGAGAGCAUGCCGAACCUCAUAGAUGAUGGAAUCUCUGCCACACCUACCACCAUCUCCGAUCCUUCGCUCAAACAAAGAGGCAAAAGAUCGCGAGGUCGAACUGAGCAAGAAUCACCUCAGAAAAAGCACAAAUGCCACUAUUCAGGUUGUGAAAAAGUUUAUGGCAAAUCAUCCCACCUCAAAGCCCACCUAAGGACACAUACAGGAGAACGGCCUUUCCCAUGCACCUGGCCAGACUGCAGUAAGAAGUUUGCCCGCUCCGAUGAGCUGGCCCGCCACUACCGCACCCACACGGGGGAGAAGAAGUUCGGCUGCCCUCUUUGUGACAAACGCUUCAUGCGCAGCGACCACCUCAUGAAGCACGCCCGGCGCCACUCAGAUUUCCAGCCCGGCAUGCUGAAGCGGCCGCACGGAGGCAGCGGCGGCAGCACCACACGUCCCGGCUCCCUCAGUGACUACAGCCGCUCGGACGCCUCCAGCCCCACCCUCAGCCCCACCCUCAGCCCCGCCCUCAGCCCCGCCAACUCGCCUUAAACUGAAACCCAGUCGCACUUUCAGCCUCUGACUUGCAAGGCCUGUGUUUUUGUCGUAACACUUGUCAGCAACCCCCCCCCCUUUGCUAUUCCUGCGCUUGCUGUGGUGUACCAUACUGUACAUAACUGCUUAUUGUAGUGCAAUUACUUGUGAUCCUAAAAGAAGGUAAUGCCUUUCCCAGACGGCAAUACUUACAUUCUGUACCAUACGUCUGUAUUUUUUUAGCUUCUGAUCAUGACUAGUUGUCCCAUGUAUGUUGUCAGUCAGCUAAACAAGGUUAAGAAGGAAAAAAACACAGACACCCUGGCAAGUCUUAUCAAAAUGGCUUUUUCUUUGUUUUUUUUUAACAAGUGAGGAAAAGGGGUUCACACAUACACCUCAGGAUUGAAGACAGUUGCUAUUUCUGUAGUACCACAGUACUUAACCGUACUCACAUUGACUGCACAAUAUACUCAUCACUUUACUCUGAAAUUCAACAGGAGUUGAAUUUUACGCCCUGCUCAGGGAUGGCCUUGUUAGCUUGAAAGAAUGAACAUGGGGAAGAGAAACAUACAGUACAUAAUAUAGCAGCCUUACACUCAACACAAUUUGCACUCUUUGUUUUUUUGUUGGUUUUCACAUCUCGAGGAAACUAACCCACCGGUCAAUCGUACACAGAACUCAUGUUUUUGUUUUUGGAGACUUCAUAUGUAAUGUAAUUGCUGUGUGUUAACAAAACAAUCCCCCGACCUCGACCUCAGUAAACAAAACACAUCUGUUCCUCAGAUAUUCAGUUGCCAUUACACUGGGUUAAAUAUGUAUUUCAUUAUACAGCGGUGUGCAGUGUAUACUGUGUAAAUCUGCACUGUGGGAGGAUACUAUUGGGUUAACAGUUUUUAUAGGUAAUCUCAGUUGAAGAAACUUUAAAUAGAGACAGUUAAGUUUCAAAGCAGCUGUUCAUGCUUUUAAAAGUGCUGUAUCAUCAGCCAGUCACACAAAAAGGACACAAAGGGACUUUAGUUGAAACAAUGUUUAUCCCCUUCUGAAGCACAUAGGAAAAAGUACCAAAGACAAGAGUGAAUGAAAGCUUUCUAUUCAGUCUUGUAAGCCGCCCUUCAUUGAGGCCUGGGGCUGGUGGUUGGCAGGAUCACAGGUAGAACCAGACAGCCGGCGCACUUCCCUCCUGGCUCAGAUUUUUUUGUGGCCUCCCUUGAGGAAACAGCUGCAUCCCACAAGAAGCUAUUCAAAGCCCGCAGGAGGAGUGCUAACAUGCCAUUCCUGGCGAGUCGUCCCUCGCCCAUCUGGCUCUACCUGUUCUGUCAAAGAAGGCUCCAACUCUGCCAAAUUGCGUAAGGUGGGAGGGUCAAAUGUAGGCCAGAGUGCUGGGCAGAGCCGGGACAUGGAGCACAGAAAGAACAAAGCGGCUAUCUGCAAUAGACAUGCAAGAGAGGGCUGCUCCUGAUAAAAUAAGUUAGGUUUAUCACCAGCUGAGCAGCACAGAGUAGGAGACACCCCCAUCUUCCUCCCUCCAAACGGCUGACACAUUGAGCAGAAAAAUGGGUGUAAUUAGCGUGAUGAUUCGAACUGUAGGAUAAGCGUAUAGAGACAAGAACAACAGUACUACCUAGUCAGCCCUAGCAGUGUGGGUGGGACACACCCAACUCCAUCCUAAGCACAGGGAGAAAUCCUCUACUACUGCUACACAAUGCCAAGGAAAAAAACUGUUGCUCCAAAUUCACACUGAUAAACCAGGGCUCUCAAACAGCUGCUUUCAAACUUCUCUCUCGCAAACAAAGGGGGGCUUUUAAACUGUUAUACAAACAUUUGAACCAAAACGAACAUAUCAGCAAAGUGCAGUUUCACCAGCCUCGCAUGGUCCUCCCUGUGAAGCUCAGAUGUCCUGUGAGAAAGCUCACUUGUGUUUCUAGACAGACAUGCCUCAAUAAGUCAGGCAAAAGGCACAGUAAACCUUCCAUGGGGGCGGGCACCACUAUCAAAACUGUUGCAGCUCCCGCCGGUCUGGGUUAUGCCUACACUUUCUCUUAAUGCUUCAGCACUACGACCGGAAAUAGUUUCAUCGAUGUGUUUGGUCCUGUCAGAGCCCUCCAGACUGUUGUCAUCAUUAAUCGCGUGUGCUAGCUUCUUUCUACCAGCGACCCUCACCCUGCAGUCUCGUGCUUCACACUAUAUGCAUGUUAACAACUGCGCCUUGGAAGCGCAGAGGGUUUUUGAGGCGGUCUGGCAGGUGUUAAGUUCAUGAAUGGCCGUCCUUGUCCCUCAUUCUCCACAGCAGCCAUCUCUCUUUAAAGUUGUGAAGAAUCAGCUCUGUCACAUCCUCGUGAAAGAAAACAUCCCUUAUUUAGAUUGAAUGCAGUAGUUUCCUAAAAACAACACAUGUUGAAAGAAAACCAACCCUCUGUAAAAUGUUAAAACAGUUUCCAGACUGUAAGAUGACACUUUGAAUGCCACUGAUCAGCAGCUCUUUGUGAAAGAAGCACUGAUAGGGUUUUACAUUUACCAUUUCUGGGAAAAAAAGCAACUAUGAUUUUCACAAACAAACUCUUCAGAUAGCUGUUGAGCAGCUUUUUGUGGUAUCUAUCCGUGACUAUUUUUUUGCUUUUAUGGUAUUUUUUUUACUUGGUUACUAAUGUAACUUUUUAUUGCAAAAAAACCUUUCUGAGUAGCUCCCCCUCAAGCAGGUUUCAUGAAUCGAUUCUCAAACCAUAAUCUGCACAUUUACCUCAGGGUCGACAUCCGCAAAGCAGAUGAUGGGACAGUUUGUGGAUUUUGUUGUAACAUCAGUUGCUGCACAGAAAUGUCUGCCAGCCCCCCCCCCCCCCCCACAGGUGUUCCUGGGUGCUUGGUGCUCACUGCGGGUCAGUGUCCGACCACACUGGAACACAGGAACGCCUCCGAACGGGGCCCAGCUCCUGCCUAAAAUGUCUUCAUAACAUCCUACAGUUUAUACUAUUAUGCGCCUUAGUAAGCACUGGGCACUCUGGAACUCUUUUCAGUGAAACGCCCCUUUAAACACCGUUGACCCUUAGUGUCAGUGGACUUACAGUAGGCAACAGGAAGCUCUACCAUCGGAAAAUAAACAGACUGUGACAGUGUAAACAUCCAAAUCCAUCCAGACUGCACCAGUGACGUAUAAGCCUCCACGGGCAAGAGUGUCUCGUAACUUUUAUUCUCACUGUACCAAAUCUACUUGAAUAAUUCAACACAAAAGGCCAUUGAACACAGUUUUGUACAUGUCCAUUUUUACUGUACUUGUUUGUCAAAUAAUUAUUAACCUCCCUGGAAAAAGUUGUAUAGUAUGUUUGAUUUAUUUUAGGGCUUUUUUUCUAGAUUUUCCAUUGUCUUCAGGUCAUUUCAGCAACAUUUUUGAAUAUAUCACAGCUAAGGUUGACUGUUUUUGUCGGGCUGUUAAAAGGCACCAUGUUUUGUUAAAAAAACAUAAUUAUAUUCCUUUUUAUGGGGUUCACCCCUUUAGUCAGACACACUUUAAACUCUGUUGAUGUCAGGAUGCAGGUUAUUUCCAGCCUGUUAUCCAAAAGUUCCUCCAGGUCAGAAACGAAAGGAUUGUUUGGAAAUGACGAUAAGGAAAGGAAACCUCCUGACCUCUAUGUUCGAAAAUUUAAGUUGGAGUGACGUAAUUUCUUUAUUAUUUAGUUUUUUGAACGUUUUCCAUAAGAAUAGAGACCACAGCAUUGUGAGUUAGCAAUGUAGUCAUACUUUGUAUUAUUGCUUUUUUUGUCUCAUAUGAAAUGCUUGUAUAUUUUUUCAAAAAUCAUACCUCUUGAAAUAUUUGACUUUUGUUGUAUCUUCAUAUCUUUUUAAAACAUCCAUCAUGUAGCUUAAGUUUGCUUGAUGAGUAGCACAAAUAAUGGUGGUUUUAUUUGACUUGAAUGAAGAAGGAAAGAGACUGUUUUCUGUAAAAAAAACUAAAACAAAAAAACACUGGGCUACAUUUUAUAUAAUCAUCCUCUGUUGUCAGGGUCCUACAUUCUUGUAGAUUCAAAAGGUAAUAUUUCAAGGAAAUAAUAAAACCGUAUUUUUUAUCAAUUUAUGUUAUAAAAAUAUUUAAAAAAAACCUUCUCUACUGAAGUCCAUUUGUCUACGUUUAAACAUGUAUGGACAUGAGGGAUGAUGUCAGCUGUAAACUACUAUGAUCCUCCACUUCAGCAUUUCUAAAUCCAACUUUACGAUUGUAAUCCUGGUAAUAUUACAGCUUUCCACAUCUGUCAGAGAAAAAAGGACAAAUGGACAAACAAUGGCAAAAAAUAAAUACAAGGUUUCUUCACAAUGGUAACUGUGUACCAGUUAAUAUUCGUUCUGCUAAUUGUACAAAUAUAUUAAAGUGAUUUGGUUGUUGCCUUCAUAUAUAAAGAACUAACAUUAAUCUUAUUUUUUAAAUUCCUAUUAAUUCCAUGAAUAUAUCACGGAUCAGACCGUCUCAUCUUCAUGACUGGUCUCAGCGAACAAGCAUGAUGGACGCAUUGUGUGCCAAAACUAUACUGGUAACUUCUUAAAGAUACAACAGUGGAGGGUGAAAAAAACCUAGCUACUAUCAGACAUUUAACAAACUUGUACAGUUUUAUAAAGUGUGACAUGUUUUUAUGUAAUGUACAGGAUUUAAUGAAGCAACUGUGUAUAUUUAAUAUGCAAGUGCUCUAAGUUAAAUAUUUUUUUCUGCUUUAUGUAAACAUUUUUGAUUGUGUAGCUUUGUUUUCAUUUGGUUCUUGUUAUUUAAUUUGUACUUUUUUUUUUUUUCUGUACAAUACUCAAGCAAUGUAUAAUGGCUUAUUACAGGUAUUUUUUUGACAUAAACAAUCUUAAUGAAUAUUAACGCCCAACCAUUCCAAAGGAUUGAAAAUUGCAUUUGCUAUACAUGUGCUGCUUACAUGGACCCGAUGCAUUUUUGUAGAUUAUGAAUAGAAGUCUGUCUUGACUGUGAGUUUUUACACGUUGUGAGUUGUGCACAAGGUACGUUUCUCAUUGUCAACAUUUCCCAGGUUUAAUCUCUCCUCUCUCCUCUGCGGGCUCUUUGUAUAGGUUAAACCAAUUGGAAAGAACAACAUACAUGCAAUAUUUUAAAGUAAAGAAAUGUAUGAUAUUUAAAAGAUAAGGACAUACAGGGCAUGUCUUCCCUCACGACAAAGGCCUGAGGAUCUAUGAAAUGUUUUAAGGGGCAGCCAUGAAAGGAGAGAGUGGUUCUCGAGCAGUGAGAAGGAGCUUUGAGUUUUCGCAGCUCAUCACAGCUCCACAGUUACAAGUUGUUACCAAAUGCUUUGAAGGGAAAGAUGAAUGUUGCAGUAAUUUUGAACCCAACCCACUUCGGACCCCUGGGUUCAACUUUACAUGCUGAUCAAUGGAUGUUAUGCUUGAUAUGGACCUUUUUCUACAUCUCAAAUAAGCAAUUUUGUUUUCUUUUUUCUUUUUUUCUGAAAAUCACUUGAAUGAACAAAACCUGUUCAAUCAUACGAGCAAAACUAAUUGUGACUGAGUAAAAAUAUGAGAAACAAAAGAGACUGAGUGAGUAGGAACAUGCAGAGUAGCAGACCACAUCUGUCUGUACCCUUCACUGACCAUGUGGUCUUGCUUGACUGCCUGAACUGAAACUGUGCGGCAUUUGCUCUUCACUGUAGGAAUGCACACUGACAAAAAGGCUUUUCAAGCGUUGGACAUAUUUGCCCUUAAAGGAUUAGUGUGUUCUAGGUCAUGCAGUACACAGUGCUGUGAAUUACCUCCCUUUAACUAAAGAGAGAGCCUCUCACCAGCCCCUUGGUUCUGUUUCCGUACCUGUUUGUCCUCAGUGUAAUGUUGCUCUCUUGAUACCUCUGUGUGUUUCCCCUCUGCCCAUCACCAUCAGUUGCCUGUUGUAGUGACUCUGUGGUGCUGCUUCCCCUUUCAGCACCAGUAUAAUCUAAUCUGUAAAUAACUCUCGACUCAGCUAUGGCCAGUACAUUCUCCGUUGACCUCACUCUAACCUUCAGGUGUCAUUUUUUUCUCUCAGCAAACCAAAAUCACUACAUUCAAGUAUUACAGUUGUACAGUUCGGGAUUUCUCACACAUUCAAUGUGCUGGUCUUAGCUGCUCUGCUGUACCUUUUUAUGGCAUUAUUUUUUACAUGUUAGACAAUAUAUUGUGACCAUGUCCUAUGCAAAUAUGAAAAAUAACAGAUUGUUGGAUAAUGUAUGUUGUCAUAACUUGUAUGCAUGAAAUAGUGAAGUUUACAAUUGGAAAUAAAUUCAUAAAAUAAGCAGCUACAA